CGACCAUCUUCCCUCUCUCUAGUCCCUGUAGCUGCUCCUGUCUCCAGCUUGACCCCACGACUGUGUCGCUGCCUGCAUCGAGGCAGCCUGCCUCCCAAGACCCUCUGCGUCCUCUAUGCAGAGGGACAAGAGGACAGGGAAGGCAUGGAUGGAGUCCAUUCUGUACCCUGUGCCUGGGAUCCCAUGGGGGCGCAGUAAAUCCUGAGGCCCUGCCAGCCACACUCCACCUGCGGUGCAGGCCCAGACUUCACAGGAAGCUGCCACUCUUACCCGGAACAUACGUCCACAAGCGUCUCCCACGGUGGCCGCUCCCAGCCUCAGAAGCCAGCCUAGGACACCCGCUCUACCUUCCUGGCAGGAAUUUGGGGCUUCCUUACCUCUGAGCCAACACCUGGACCCUGCCUCAAAACCAGGCCUAGGACUGAUCUUCCCUUUGUGCCUGGUCUGCCCCAGUGGCUGUUGUUCUGGGCCAUGGCCCACAGGUGGGGCUUGGGGCCUGGGCAGCUGCAAGCUGUGAGCAUUUUACUCCUCCUUGGACUAAUCCGGUUGGGAAUGGGACCUGAUAGAGCUGCAGCCCUCUGCGGUACAGUCUUCCAGCCCCGAAUCACGGGUGGCAGUGACUCAGCUGCUGGUCAGUGGCCCUGGCAGGUCAGCAUCACCUACAAUGGCAUCCACGUGUGUGGUGGGUCUCUCGUGUCUGCUCAGUGGGUGCUGUCGGCUGCUCACUGCUUCCCCAGAGACUACUCUAAGGAAUCCUACGAGGUAAGGCUGGGAGCCCACCAGCUGGACUCUGUCACCAGCAGCGACAAGGUCCUCACCUUGGCCGAGAUCAUUGUCCACCCCAGCUACCGGGACGAGGGCUCAGAGGGCGACAUUGCACUGCUCCAGCUCAGCAGCGCUGCCUCUUUCUCCCGCUCGGUCAGGCCCAUCUGCCUCCCUGCAGCCAACGCUUCCUUCCCCAACGGCCUCAAGUGCACGGUUACUGGCUGGGGCCACGUGGCCCCCUCAGUGAGCCUUUCAGCCCCGAAGGUGCUACAGCAGCUUGAGGUGCCACUGAUCAGUCGUGAGACAUGCAACUGCCUGUACAACACCAGCCCCAGGCCCGAGGAGCCCCACACCAUCCGGCAGGACAUGGUGUGUGCUGGCUACGUGGCGGGGGGCAAGGACGCCUGCCAGGGUGACUCUGGCGGACCCCUCUCCUGCCCUGUGGAGGGUGUUUGGUACCUAGCAGGCAUUGUGAGCUGGGGUGACGCCUGCGGGGCCCCCAGCAGGCCUGGUGUGUACACGCUGACUUCCAGUUAUGCCUCCUGGAUCCACGUCCAUGCCCAAGAACUCCAGCCUCAUGUGGUGCCCCAGGCCCAGGACAUCCAGCCUGACAACCACCUGUGCAGUAGGAGCCUGGCCUUCGGCUCCGCCCCAGCUCAGGGCUUGCUGCAACCCAUCCUGUUGCUGCCACUGAGCCUGACCCUGAGCCUCUUCUGCCCCCGGCACAAGCACUGACCCGCUCCCAGGACCCAUGCAUCACACCCAAGGACACACACCUGCUCCCAGGAAGGGAAGUGGCUGGCCUUUCCCGUCUCUUGUAGCUUUUGGGCCUGGAGCCCUGCUUGGCCACCCCUUCCUCCUGGGACUCUGGGGCGUCAGGCACCAUCUGGAUCUUUGGGCCCAUUCUUCUAGAUUGGCUCUUUGGAACUGUGACCCAGGGUCAAGAGUUUUAUGGCCUGUGGUACUGGCCAGAACCACCUACUGCUGUCCGUGCCCUAUUGGUCGGGCUCCUGUGGAGCUCCACGGCCCUAGCUAUGAACACAGCCUCACUCCCACCCACUCCUGUAAGACUGGGCAGCUGCCUGGCCGACGCCUGCCCUGCCUGGUGAGCCCAUCACGUGGCUCCUGCCUGCUGGGCUCGCCCACCUCUGAGACGGGAAAGACCUCAGUCUUGCCCCACGGGCCACCCCCGCCUGAGUUCUGACUCCCAGACUCCGGAGGACUGAGCCCCCACCGGGACUGAACUGGCAGCUUGGGUCAGGGGUGGGGGAUAAAGGAGUAAAAUGUUUUGUGCACAAUUAGCUGUGUCUGAAAUGGAAUCAAGAAUGCCAAAUCGUGGCCCCUCCCUCCCACCUCUUAAGCCCUGAGCCACCAGUAGAAUUUACUUUAUUAAAAAA